CCGUCUUCUCUCCCUGGCGCCAGCAUCUUCAGUGUCUGCAGUCUCUGGUCAUCUCCUGUACUGUGUCCGCAGUCUCUGGUCAUCUCCUGUACUGUGUCCGCAGUCUCUGGUCAUCCCCUGUACUGUGUCCGCAGUCUCUGGUCAUCUCCUGUACUGUGUCCGCAGUCUCUGGUCAUUCCCUGUACUGUGUCCGCAGUCUCUGGUCAUCUCCUGUACUGUGUCCGCAGUCUCUGGUCAUCCCCUGUACUGUGUCCGCAGUCUCUGAUCAUCUCCUGUACUGUGUCCGCAGUCUCUGGUCAUCCCCUGUACUGUGUCCGCAGUCUCUGGUCAUCUCCUGUACUGUGUCCGCAGUCUCUGGUCAUCUCCUGUACUAUGUCUGCAGUCCAUUGGUUCAGAAUUUUAUUUUUCUUGUUUUCCUUCUCU